GGGCAAGACUUUCUCGUAUCUUCGUCGUCUACCUUGCCGGGACGGAGUCACAUUCCUGCCUCAUGGCCACAUCUGGCACGGCGAUGCGCGCCACCUACAAGGUGCGUACAGUCAUCAGUACCAGCUGCCCAUCAGAACCGAGACGCAAAGGACCAAAUUCGGGGUUGGAAGGCGGGCAACGAUACGCCCGACUGGGCAAGGGCGGCGAUGCCCGGCAACAUCGUUUUCACGGCGAGGCAAACAUCCCAUGCCGUGUAAGCACCGGUUCCAAAGCAUUCUUCUGCACGAUGAAUCUAUUCACGCAGAAAUAACCCCGCCCCCGCGAUACAUAAGGAGAGCGAUCGCCUGGCUUGGCUAUAUUGUAUCGUUCUGAAUACCAUCGUUUAAACCUCACACAUCCGCCCAUCACCUUUGCUCAACUUGCAGCGUGCCUUUGGCAAAAACACCUUCGCUUGAAUCAGAGACACUCGCUUCCAAUCUACGAUGAAGUCCAUCCAGCUGUUGUCUGUAGCGGGGCUCGCAGCCUAUGCGCAGGCUUGGGGGACUGAUAUCAGCACCGCUUACACGACUGUGGUGACCACAGCCUAUGAGACAUACUGUCCUUCGCCUACUACCUUUGUUCAUCACAACGUGACUUACACGGCGUCCACGGCAACGACAAUUACCAUCACGAACUGUCCUUGCACUAUCACUACCAGACAACCCCCUCCAUACACCACAACCAAGACGAUUUACCCGCCGCCCGUCGUCAACACCACUUCUUGCCCGCCAGAGAUCACUAGCACGACGAUCAAGACGAUCAAGACCACCAAGCAUACCCCGCCUCCCAAGCCGACCUACCACAACACCACCGUCAUCGAGCACACGCCCAAACCUCCCAAGCCUACGGAGCACCCGACUCACUCGGAGGAGACGCCCAAGCCGCCCAAACCCACGAGCGAGCAUCACCACCCCCACCCCAACAGCACCUCGACUGUCGUUGUUGUAAUCACACCGCCCGCCGAGACCAUCAUCGCCAGCACUACCCCUGUUACCCCCGUCACUCCCGUCACCAACCUCCCCACCAAUACACCUGUCGGGCCAACGACCACCAGGCCCGUCACGGUUCCCGCGAACGCGGCUGGUAUGGUUGAAGCUGGUGCCGGCGCGGCUUUGGGUGCUGUCCUACUCGCUCUCCUGGUUUGAUCCGACUGAACAGACUUGGGGAGUGGAUAAGUCUGACGAAUUGGCUUUUAACUUUCAUCACUUUCAUUUACGGCCGGCAAAAGUUGGAAGAGGUGAACACACCGGAUAAUCAUCUUUGCUUUUUAUUGCGAUACCCUAUGGCAACUUUUGAAGUUUGGGACACAACGGCGGUUAUCUGUGGGGAGUAUCAGGGAAUGUUUUGCCAUAUUGGGUUACAUACAGUCCUUACGAAAAAUAAUGAUAAUCAUAGUUCAGAGAGUGGAAGUGCUCAAACAUGUGAGCACAUCACUAGAAACAAUCCUUACAAGAAAGCAUACCUCAAAGUUCGAUUUUCCCCCCUCGAUAGGUGAUAGGUCGAUAAGGGAACGACAUGAUAAGAGCCGCUGCAGUGAACAAUGCAGCUCUUCACGUCCGCCAAGAAUCAAUAAUUCAAAACCUCUCGCAGCUGACCGCAUAUACAACUCACCCUCACACCACAAGCUACCCAAGGUAUCCAACUACGCUCGUGGCCCCGACCGAAAGCAGACCGCGGGACCACAUACACCCACACAAAAAAAGAAGCUUCUCCAGCAAACAAAGUCACCCGCGCGGAAAAGGCAGAAUCUCUGCUGCGCCAGUGAGAAGCAUAAAAAAGAUGGCGGCCGUACCGUGUAGUCUGCGAUGACGAUGGGCGAAAUGGGGGGGUGAUGAAUAAUCCAGUGGUCUUUCCUAACCCCCCGCUCAUGCACGCUCUUCGUAUUCCGCACCACCCCCGGCAAAAACGAGCCAAGCACGUGGUUCGUAGCCCACGGGAAGAAGCUUACAUCAAUCGUCUAGGUACGAAAGCGGGCGUUUUGGCGUACACGUGUAAUCGUG